UUGUGUAUAGCACUCACGCAAAUACUUUACAAACGCGCCUUCCUAAUUUCUACAUAUUUAAUUUCCUAAUGGCGCCACGAUCAACGGCAGUACACAUUGCCGUUUACUCUGGAGUGGAGGUGUAUGAAUGUUUCAUAAAAGGAGUCUCAGUUAUGCGGAGGCGGCGAGACUCAUGGUUGAAUGCAACACAAAUACUUAAAGUAGCCGAUUUCGAUAAACCACAGAGGACACGUGUGUUGGAAAAAGAAGUUCAAAUUGGAACACACGAAAAAGUCCAAGGUGGAUACGGAAAAUACCAAGGCACUUGGGUACCUUAUGAACGCGGUGUGGAUCUGGCAACUCACUAUAAUGUCCUCGAGAUAUUGGGCCCAGUCUUAAAUUUUGAAAUCACCGAUGAUGAUCCUCCUGCUCAGAAAAAGCGGGUUACGAAACCAAAACGACCUUCUGUAAGAGGUAGAAGAGGCCGUAAGCCUUCUUCAUUAUCGAAUGCUACCAAUCACCAAGUUCAGGAUAACUUUGAGUCUUCUCCUGCCUCACCUAUGAUUGCCUCAACAACAAACAACUUAUCCAGUGCUGCAGAGGAACCAUCAUCAGUGACGCCUUUACCUCCUUCUCCGUCCACUACAUUAUUAUCUCCGGAUGAAGUGAUUCAGAAGGAAGAAGAAUCUAGCAUGCUAGAUUCUUCUUUGGAUAAAUAUGAAGAGUCGCUUUUAGACUUUUUUUUGCAUCCAGAAGAAGCACGAAUUCCGUCGUUUUUAUAUUCUCCUCCUCCUGAUUUUCAAGUCAAUAGUGUAAUCGAUGAUGAUGGUCACACAUCUUUGCAUUGGGCGUGCUCUAUGGGACAUAUUGAAAUGAUUAAGCUACUUCUAAGGGCUAAUGCUGACAUUGGUGUUUGCAAUCGUCUAAGUCAAACUCCAUUAAUGAGGAGCGUCAUAUUCACAAAUAAUUAUGACUGCCAAACUUUCCAACAAGUUUUGGAUUUGCUUCAGUCAACCAUUUACGCUGUUGACUCAUGUGGACAGUCAAUUCUUCAUCAUGUUGUGCGUUCAACAUCAACGCCUUCGAAAGUGAAUGCUGCGAAGUAUUAUUUAGAUUCUGUGUUAGAAAAACUUGUGUUAAUCCAACCUUUUGAGAAUGUUGUUCGUCUAGUAAAUCUCCAAGACUCCAGUGGUGAUACGGCAUUACUCAUAGCAGCUAGGAAUGGAGCAACGGAAUGCGUCAAUUCUCUUCUGAGCUAUAAUGCCAACCCAUCUAUCCCAAAUCGUCAACGCCGUACUGCGUCCGAAUAUCUCGCUGAAACGGAUAAAAAAUCACAGGCAAUUGUGCCUGCCUCAAAUGGUAAUUCACUACGGAAUUUGCCUUUCUCCUACUUUGCACCGACGAUUAUAGCGCCUUCUUGUUCUUCACAUGCUUUUGGUAAGGCUAUACCUUCUAUUUCAGAGAAGUUUUCAGAACUCGCUGAACAGUACGAAGCAAGCCUUCGGGAAAAAGAAGACGCUUUAGCAAGAGCAAAUCGCUUAAAGCAAGAUACCCACGGAGAAAUAGCCAGAACAUAUCAAGAACUUAUAUUAUUGCAGAAAAAUGACCCUGAUCAUUUGGAUACCUUAGAGCGGCUCAACUUAGCGGAACAAGAUAGGUGUCAUAAUAUGUUUUUAGAAUUACAAGCCUGGAUAGAAAGAAGACAAGAGUUUGAUCUAAAUGAAUCAAUCAAAGAAACAAGGCUGUCUGCUGGUAAUUGGGAAAUUGAACCUCAAGCUGAAGAUAAGGCUUCCUGGGAUAAUGUUAAACAAAAAUAUGGAGACGUGGAUGAACGCACUGCACUUUUAAAUCGACUGAAUUUGUUGCAAACUUCAAGGAAACAAAUGACGUUUUAUAUAAGCAAGCAAUACGAAGAAAUGGGCAUCGAUGAUACUGUCAAUAAUUACCGUCGACUCAUUGCUAUGAGUUGUGGCAUAAACCCGGAGGAGUUAAGUCUCGAAAUUCUUGAUGCCGUCGAAGAGGCAUUGGCUCGUGACAAGUAAUACAUAUGUUUGUCAUCAUCUAUGUUCUUUUACGUUCAUGCUACUCUUAUGACCGUCUCUAUUUAUGAUUUUCUUGAUGUUACAUUUCUUAUUUAUGAUUACUUUCCUUUGAUUAUUCGCAUCUAUUUACUCGUUAUUGGCCCUCUUUUACGGUACACUUAGCUCAAACCUCGCAUAAUAAAGCUUUUAAUGUUGCAUAAAAUAGAAUUUUUAAAAGUCCUAUGGUAUCUCCAAGAUUAAUGAAUAUACGUUAAUGUUAAUUGAUGUAUUUAAUAAUACAUGUUGAACAGGUUCAAAAAGAGAAUGUUAUUAUUUAC